AUGCUUGAAGCAGAAAGUAGAUUCGGCUUCAUUUUACCCACUACAAAUCCCCAGGAUACACAAAUGAGGGUAAUUUCAUUCGUUUCUUUGUUAUGCCUAGUCGUAGGUGUUCUUUGCAGCUCAUGGAAUGCUAAGGAGGGUGUCGUCAAACUCCUCAGCCCUACCGGCUCCAUAAAGACAGGUUCGACGAAUAGAUUUGAUGAUUUAAAUACUUUUGUUGAGUUAGACUCGUCUCUAGAGGAUACACUGCUUGUACAAUUUACCUGUGCCAUUGAUGAUGAAGUUUCUGUCCCUCAUCAAGCCCAUAUAUUAAUUAGCGACAAAAAGAAACCUAGUGCUUCAAUUGUUUACCCCGCCCAGGUGAACGCAAAGGGAGAUGCAGUCUUGAAAUUACCUUUGUCUGAAUUACCCUCCGAGUUGAUCCAAAGUGAACACGGUCUUUUGACUACUCUAAUGAUCGGUUCUUUCGGUGAUGCCGCUCCUUCUUCCAUUUCUUUAGGUUCUCUGGUCUUUGACUCUGGUUCCCUUCCUGCUUUCCAAGCUGAAUCAUCCAUCGAAGCAGAAACCUCUCCUAAACCUACCAUUCUUCAUACAUUUGCUGCUCCUCCAAAAGCUGCCAAUAGUUUUUUGAGUCUUGUAUUCUCUGUUGCCGUGGCUGCUGUUUUCGUUGCUCUUCUUGGCGUUUGGAUGCAAUUCACUGGAAAGACAUCCGUAUAUUCUGUCUCUUCUUCUUCAUUGGGUCACCUUCUUUUCUUCGUUUCGCUUGCUGCUGCUGAAGGUCUUUUGUUCUUUUACUGGACAUCUUUGACUAUCUUCCAACUUAUAAGGUAUAGUGUUUUUAUAUUCGUUGCAUUUGCCGUCAGCGCAAAGCUUUUGUAA